CGCCAUACGUGGUACCAAUAAAGCAGUGGUGUUUGUGGAAAUCUUGUAUUGAGUUUCAAAUUAAUCAUCUAACAAGACAUGACUUUCGGGGUGGACUAGGGGUACGUACAAUAGACUACUGGUCGCGGUGCAUAGGGAAACCCAUCCCCUCCAAUAAUAAUAAUAUAACCUGUAAAUAACAGCAUCGCAUUGUAACAUGGAUGAACCAGUGGAAGCUGGGUUAGUGAUCUGCGACCGGUUACUCAGUUCCGUGAAAAAUUCCUCGGCAUGGUCGUGUAAAUACGGAUGAUAGUGGCGAUGGUGGCAGUGCUAGGUUGUUGUCGAAAUGUAGUUUAUUAUUGUGGUGUGGUGUAGUCUCGUCUGUAACGAGCAAUAAUCUGUGCAAGUAAAGACAUUAUUCUGCAAUGAGUGACAGCCUGGAUAUAGAUCAACGUCUGGCUCGCCAGCUACUACUCGAAGGAGCAACCCUCGUGUUCUUGGAUGUGCCCCGAGGAACCGAAUUUGGCAUUGAUAUGAAGUCGUGGAAUACGGGGGAUAAGUUCAAAGGAGUGAAAAUGAUACCACCAGGCCCUCAUUACGUGUACUACAAUGCAGUGAACAGUGAGGGAGAUACAGCACCACGAGUUGGUUUUGUACACAACUUCAAGAAGUCUGAGUUUAUGGUGAAGAAAUGGGACCCUGCAAUUGAAGAUAUUAGUACUACAGAGUUGAGUGAAGAAGAAAUAUCCCGCAUCAGAGGAGAUCUGUUGAACCUGGAUCGGUUCUUGGGACCUUAUCCGUUUGACAUAUGGAAGAGGUGGAAGGACCUUACCAGCAAGGUGACUGAUGAACUUAUAUCUAGACUAGUUCCUGAGUUGGGACAGAUCCGAUCAGCACUGGAACUGGUAUCUUGCGACAAGUCGUAUGGUGAUGUACCAGCGCCAAAGCGAAGAAGCCGCCCACUGACGGCUGAGGAGAGAGAAGAAGACCUUCUGCCCCAGCUGAAGCCAACCCCAGGAACUGAGUUGAGGUUCACACAAUUUCCUGAGAGGAACUUUCCAGAAGGCUCUACCCCAGCGGAGAUAACACACCACUCACUGGAUUCUACCUAUGUCUUGGAGACCAUGUUAGCCAAAUACAAAAGACCAAUUGACAUAGUGGGAGAGCUGCAGUUUGCGUUCGUGUGUUUUCUUAUUGGACAGAGUCUGGAAGCCUUUGAGCAUUGGAAACAGCUUGUAAAACUUCUCUGUUCAUGUGAUGAUGCUGUAUCCAAACGAAGAGAAGUGUACGAUGAGUUUCUGUCAGCACUGGGAGCGCAAUUAGUAGAGAUACAAGAAGACUUCUUGGUGGACAUAGUGGCAAGCAACAACUUUGUGUACCGCAGUCUGCUCACCCUCUUCAGAACACUACAUCUUAGUGAGACUGUGGAUGGCAGACUCAAGUCUAAAGCAAAGCGGUUCCAGGAAAGACUUACUCUUAAAUUCAUGUGGGAUUUCACAGGCUUGGACAAGGAUGAUGAUGAUGAGGCUCCAGUUGUGGUAAAUAUAUAGGGCUAGACUUCUUUGUGUGAUGGUCAUACUUUGUAAUUGUAAUAGGUACGGAUGUGCAGAACUGUCCAACUUAAUUAGGAUUAAGUUUAAGUCUGUGAAGUUAAAUAAAUGUGCCUGUUAUCAUGUUGUUCCCUUACAUGUUAAAAACCUGCUCUGGCUGAAUUGAUUUUUGUUGAAUUUAAUUGGUUUUAAUGUGUCUACAGUUUGGUACUGUUCUAUUUACUACUGAUAACAGUACGAUGAUAAUGGUCAGCAGAGAGGUUUGAAAGAGUAAUAUGGAAUUUAGACUAUGGUGGGGCCUGGUGUUUCCCAUGGUCUCAGAGUUUUGACUUUUUAGUUACUUAAACUUGCGGACCAAAUUUGAUUUGGGUUGAUGUCGUCAUACAUAAAAGUUUUCACAUGACUUAUAAGAUGGAUUUUAGAUUGAAUGAUUGGAUAUAUUGACCCUUAUACAUUCAUAACUUGGGAUUACACGUAAUACAGCGCUGUUGCUCAUUUACACAUGCACUAGAAUUCUCAGUCUUCACUAAUUGUAUCCUGGCAGCGGAUUGAUCACAAUUUCACUGUCACUCCACAACGCACAUAAAGUCUUCAUUUCACAGUCUAGUUCCCUUCUUGCCAAUAUUCUGCCACUGCCAAUUAUGAAGACUAGACUCAAUUCAAUUCCUCUGCUCCCAAGCUCAUAUCCCAGCAGGCUGGCAUCUCAAAACUUGACUCUUCACUUCUGACCGUAACCUUUUAUAAGCCCUCAGCAUGGACCACACAGAAAAAACAGCCUCUCUUGUUAAGAAGGAAUGUUUACUGGUUCAUUAUCUAGCAAUGGACGUCCUUCUGUUGCAUGCAUAUGCUUCACGGGUAUGUGUUUGCCAAGUUAUUUCUUAGCAGUGGGUAUACACGUUACAGUGCCCUCUCCUUACGGCUCUUCAUCCUGAAUAGCAUACAGGUAAGUCACCAUUUAUUCUUUUCUGCUUGUAACAUCUGUGCUUCGCCUCACCUUCCUUCCCAUGACUCAGAUAACCACAUUUACAAAAUUCAAACAUUUAUACCACGAAGAAAUAUUUCUUUUGUGCUCUUACAGCUUCCAGUAUUGUUUAUAUUGUGACUUUGAAGUUGAACAAAAUCCUAAAUUGAACAGUGAAUGUAGCAACAAGAAGAAACGAGCUGAUGAGCUGUGUUUAGUUGGUACUUGGUGCUACUAUAACAUGUGCUAAUUACACUAAAUUUCUUGGCCUGACAAUCCAAAAUGACAUAAUAAAGAAAUUGAACAAAGCCUGCUAUAUGAUAAGAAACGUAAAACAAAUAGUCUCCAUGAAAACAUUAAAAAGUGUUUACUUCUCAUAUUUCCAUUCUGUCAUGUAAUACGGUAUAAUGUUCUGGAGUAACUCUUCUCAUGCUGAAAGAGUAUUCAAGCUACAAAAGAGAGCUGUAAGAAUAAUGAAAGGAUGUGGUUUUAGAGAUU